CAUAAGCAAUAUAUUGCACAUUCAAAGGCGUACACAUGGAGGCAUCUAAACUCGCCCUUUUGGUCAUGCUCGCAAUGGCAGCCGUGAUGUCUGACCCCUGCAAUGCCCAGAACUCGCCACACGACUACGUCGUCGCCCACAACGUCGCUCGCGCCGCCGUGGGCUUGGGCCUUGUGACCUGGGACGCGUCCGUGGCGGCCUAUGCGGCGAGCUACGCAAGGCAGCGCUCCGGCGAUUGCAAGCUGGUGCACUCAAAGGCACCACAGUACGGGGAGAACCUCUUCUGGGGCUCCGGCGAGGACUGGACGGCUGCGCAGGCCGUGAAGAUAUGGGCCGACGAGAAGGCCAACUACAACUACGCCUCCAACAGCUGCGCCGCCGGGAAGCAGUGCGGGCACUACACGCAGAUAGUGUGGCGCAACUCAACGCAUAUCGGCUGCGCGCGUCUGCUCUGCGACCACAACGCCGGCGUGUUCAUCACUUGCAAUUACAGCCCUCCGGGCAACUACAUUGGGCAGAGGCCAUAUUGACUCCCUCUUUUUGCGGGGAAGAGGCCAUACUGAUUUAAUUGGCGCAAACAGAUUUAGAUCAGCAUAUCUUGUUUCUAAUACUCUGCAUGGGCUGUCGUGCAUGUAUUUUGUAUUGUGAGAACCAUAAAUAUGUACUCCCUCUCUAAAUUAAUAUAAGACGAUUUAGAUCAUUAAAGUAGUGAACUAAAAUGUCUUAUAUUACUUUACAU